CAGCAAAAAAAUCACCAACAGCAGCACCAACGCUGUCUUUGGAAUACCGGGAAUGUGGUGGCAUCACCUGUAGCUUGCAGACGACGCUUCCCAACGCUUCCAUAGAGGAAGGAUGGCGCGCGCAGAGCGGCAGCCGCGGCCGAGUCAUCAGCAUCGCACACCACUCCAUCCACGUCCAGGUGGCGCGGCCAGGACGAGCUGAUCCCACGGAGAACAAGAGGAAGAGGGAGGCGGCGAGGCAGGAGACGUGAAGGGGAGGAGGAGGAGGAGGAAAAAGGAGAGACAGACAGACGCAAGUGGAAGGAAGCAAAGUGCUGCAUGUGAGGCACCGGAGGGGGGGGAUAAUUUGGAGGAUAUUUUCCCGCGCACACGGAGAGACAUUCUCUCCUGGAAACAGAGUGUCCAAAUGAAUCCCAUGACUCAGCUUUACUACAAGAAGGCGACGUAUUCGCCGUACCGUGACCGCAUCCCUCUGCAGAUCGUGCGGGCUGAGGUGGAGUUAUCGGCGGAGGAGCGAGCCUACCUCACGGCAGUAGAAAAGGGCGACUAUGCGGGUGUCAAACACGCGCUGCGCGAGGCGGAGGUCUACUACAAUAUGGACGUCAACUGUCUGGACCCGCUUGGUCGCAGCGCUCUACUCAUCGCCAUUGAGAACGAGAACCUGGAGAUCAUGGAACUCCUGCUCGACCACGGGAUCCACACCGGGGACGCCCUGCUGUAUGCCAUUAGGAAGGAGGUGGUGGGCGCCGUGGAGCUGCUACUGUCACAUAGGCGGCCGAGCGGUGAGAAACAGGUUCCCUCACUGAUGAUGGAUAGUCAGUUUUCAGAGUUCACCCCUGACAUAACUCCCAUCAUGCUCGCUGCUCACACCAACAACUACGAGAUCAUCAAGCUGCUCGUGCAGAGAAAGGUCACCAUUCCCAGACCGCACCAGAUCCGCUGCGACUGUGUGGAGUGUGUCUCCAGUUCAGAGGUGGACAGCCUACGGCACUCGCGGUCUCGACUGAACAUCUACAAGGCUUUGGCAUCACCCUCGCUCAUUGCACUGUCCAGCGAGGAUCCGAUCCUGACGGCUUUCAGAUUGGGCUGGGAACUCAAAGAACUCAGCAAGGUGGAGAAUGAGUUCCGCCAGGAGUAUGAAGAGCUUUCUCAGCAGUGUAAACGCUUUGCCAAGGAUCUUCUGGAUCAGGCUAGGAGUUCCAGAGAACUUGAGACCAUCCUGAACCACAGGGACAAUGACCAGAGUGAAGAACUGGACCCCAGGCAGUGCCACGACCUAGCCAAACUCAAGCUAGCCAUCAAAUACCACCAAAAAGAGUUUGUGGCACAACCUAACUGCCAGCAGCUGUUGGCCACCUUGUGGUAUGACGGCUUCCCAGGAUGGAGGCGGCGCCACUGGGUGGUCAAGCUGGUCACCUGCUUCAUCAUCGGACUCCUGUUUCCUGUUUUUUCACUGGUCUACCUGCUGGCACCCAAAAGCGCACUGGGACGCUUCAUUAAGAAGCCCUUCAUCAAGUUCAUCUGUCACACAGCAUCUUAUCUGACCUUCCUCUUCCUGUUGCUGCUGGCCUCGCAGCACAUCGCCCGCACCAACCUCCACAUGCAGGGGCCACCGCCCACUAUCGUGGAGUGGAUGAUACUGCCGUGGGUGCUGGGAUUCAUCUGGGCAGAGAUAAAGGAGAUGUGGGAUGGGGGCUUCACAGAGUACAUCCAUGACUGGUGGAAUCUGAUGGAUUUCGCAAUGAACUCCCUCUACCUGGCUACCAUAUCACUGAAGAUUGUGGCCUAUGUAAAGUACAACUCUUCUCGGCCGAGAGAAGAAUGGGAGAUGUGGCACCCGACGCUUAUCGCCGAAGCACUGUUCGCCAUCGCCAACAUCUUCAGCUCGCUCAGACUCAUCUCGCUCUUCACCGCCAACUCGCACCUGGGGCCACUGCAGAUCUCGCUGGGGAGGAUGCUGCUGGACAUCCUCAAGUUCCUCUUCAUCUACUGCCUGGUCCUGCUGGCGUUUGCUAACGGUCUGAACCAGCUGUACUUCUACUACGAGACCACAGCCUCAGAGGAACCCAACAACUGCAAGGGUAUCCGCUGCGAACGGCAGAACAACGCUUUCUCAACGCUCUUUGAGACGCUGCAGUCGCUCUUCUGGUCCAUUUUCGGUCUACUCAACCUCUAUGUCACCAACGUGAAGGCGCGCCACGAGUUCACCGAGUUUGUGGGAGCGACCAUGUUCGGGACGUAUAACGUCAUCUCGCUGGUGGUUCUCCUCAACAUGCUCAUCGCCAUGAUGAACAACUCCUACCAGCUCAUUGCCGACCACGCCGACAUCGAGUGGAAAUUUGCCCGCACAAAGCUGUGGAUGAGCUAUUUCGACGAGGGCGGAACGCUGCCACCUCCAUUCAACAUCGUUCCCAGCCCCAAGUCCAUCUGGUACCUGCUCAUGUGGCUCCACAACAAGCUGUGCGACCGAGGACAGCCGCCCGAGGACGACCCGCACAAGUGUGAGAACCUGCGAGAGUUCACCGAGCGUCAUGCUGACAGUCUGAUACAGAACCAGCACUACCAGGAAGUCAUCCGGAAUCUGGUGAAGAGGUACGUGGCUGCCAUGAUCCGCAGCGCCAAAACGGACGAGGGCCUGACGGAGGAGAACUUUAAGGAGUUGAAGCAGGACAUCUCCAGUUUCCGCUACGAGGUCCUGGAUCUCCUCGGCAACAGGCGUCCUCCUCGCAGACACUACUCGUCUUCCAGUGACGCAGCCAGAGAUGACGGGGGCGUGGCCUCAGAGGACGACAGCGAACCAGGCGACGGCCAGCGAUCAAAGGGCGUGACCUUUACCACGCCGCUGGUGGACGACUCGAGGCCGGCGCCGACAUUAGGCGUCUCGGCUUUGGUGCGCUCCAUCUCUGGGAUGAGCGGUGUGGAGAAAGAGGGCGAGGCAGAAGAGGAGGAAGAGGAGGAGGGCAUGUGCUGGGGGGAGGAGGACGAGGAAGAGGAGGAGGGCAAACCAAAGAGCAACGGGCUAAAGACGACGGGGGUCCUACUUUCUGCCUCCACUACCCUCCCCCCUCCAUCGUCAUCCCUGGCAUCAGCACUGUCGUCUUCGCUGGCUCGCACGAGGAGCCGCCUGCAGCGUCUCUCGGCGCCGACGGCAAAGACGGACUCCUUCAAGCGCCUGUCCUUCCUGUUCUCCCGCUCCAAACGCAGAGCCCCGCCCAUGCCACUCCCUCUUCAAUCCCCGCCUUCCUACACCAUCUCCGACGGGCUACUCCUGCCCAGAGGGGGUCGCACCGACUUGGGACUGGGUCACGUGACCCGCAGCGAGACUCGCCUGAACGAGGUGGGCCGCUCGGUGGACGCCAGCAGCCCCUCCUUUUCGUCACGCAGAACAAACGGACGCGAUUCCCUCCUGACGCUCCCCCCACCGCCGCCGUGCCCGUGCCAGUCGCUGCACUGCACCUCCAACAUGUCCGAGUCUAGCUCACGCCUCCUGGACUCCAGUGAGGACGUUUUCCAGGUCGGGGGCAGCGUGGAGGGUGCUGGCGGGGGCGGGCUGAUGAUGAUGAUGGGCGGGUGGGUGGGACCAUGUGAUGAUGUCAUCGAGGACAGCUGCGAGGUCAUCGAGGACUCUGUCAGCACGCAACUAUAAAGACGAUGUCAGACUGGCCUCAGACACGCCCACUGGAACGGGACAUCUAGCUAGCUAAACAUGCAUUAGCCUGUCAACGAGCCAAUUAGCGUAUUAGGCAUUCGCGUGUUUGUUUGUUUUUUUUUUUUAUGCGAUGACAUCACUUUGCAAUAACACUACGACACAUUUCUCGGAAAGUUUGUUGGUCGGUUACGGAAAGACGAGCAGCAAAACGUCAAAGAAGGAGGAAUAAAUGGACGCUCAUUUGUCCCUUUAAGCAAUUUAGCCCACUGGAACAGCAACAAGUACCAGGACUGGACCAAAGUCAACAUCGCCUGAGGAGGACAAAGGGAAGACCCGCCCCUUAACUCUGCUGUAAUAGCCUGCACCCUCCCUCACCCCGACCCUUUCUGCACCAAUCAGGGCCAAGGAACUGUUUCUAACACUUCUACGAGUAAUAACACUAAUAAUAAUAAUAAUAAUAAUAAUAACAAUAAUAGGACUAUUGUGGUUUGCUUCUUGUUGCCUCCAAGACUCCUCUUAUUCAGUUCUUCCGUCUUUUUGUUACGUUUUUUUCUAAGCUGCUCAACAAAACAAACAGACUUGAAAGGCGCCAGGAAGCGAUGGCGGCGAAUGACUGAGGACACGCAGCACUUUUGUCUUUUUGCUACCAACACGAACCUUAUUUUCCUCUAGAAGGUUCUUUAGGAGUUGUUCUGGCAUGAGCGGACGACUUUUGACGCGAAUGUCAGCGCUACACAAUUUAUGCAUGUUUGAGCACGCACACACACACACACACACACACACACACAUACACAAACGCACUGCUUCCGCCACAUAACGUAAGGCUGCAGUAACCGUGAGCACCACCAGGGGCGUGUUUUCCUGUCAUGUUGCCAUGGUGACCUGCUGCAAUACAGAGGGGGGCGGGCCAUCAAUCACACCAAUCACCAUGACAACACAGAAGCCUUUUAAAAGGGCACUUCCACCCCCAAAUAUUAGAAAUGAACAUGCUUAUUGACGAGUAUUGAUUGCUGUAAAAGCUCAUUUGAUUGAUGGGCACACACACACACACACACAGAGCUGAUAAUCAAUCAUUCUGAUGGAUCAAUAUCAGUAAUGGCUGUCUGAUUCUAACUUUGUGUGUGUGUGUGUUGUCCCACCGCCUCUUUAGAAGACAAAUCUCCUUCAGUGACACACGCUAAGACGCCACUGUCUCUUGAGGGUAGGGCUUCAUUGUGUUUAAUUCCCAUAUGCACACACACACACACACACACAAGCACGCACUUUCACUCACAUGCAUGUGCCCACUCACUUGGACACAUGUGAUUAGUGUACCCACAUAAACGCACACACACACACACACACACACACGGAAUGUUAUGACUUUGACAAUAGGAUUUAUGUUCUGACAACAGCAGGACAACAAGGACAAACACACAGGGCGUGAAGAAAAGCAGUGUGUGUGUGUGUGUGUGUGUGUGUGUGUGUGUUCCUCCCUGCAUUAAUCAUAAUAUUUAAGUACCAAUAUAAAAUGAUAUAAGUGUGUGUGCGUGUGAUCAUCCACAGACCCGUACGGCCAGUACACAAAGUAAAGCUUUCAGGUGUCAAACACACACACACACACACACACACACACACGUGACAUCAGGUGCCCCCCCUUCACCCUUCAAGGGUAUUUUCAGCUUUAAAACAAAAAAAAAAAACUCCUUUGUUUUUCCACUGAAUGAACGUAUGAUUGUGUUAUUUUUCUAGAAGCGGCCGCUAGCGCACGUUGUUGACUUUAAUAAAAGCAUCCUUACAAAAAAAUAUAUAUAUUUUAAGUGUUGGUUUGUUCGGGAACUCUUCAUUAGAAGUGAAUUUUAAAAGAAGCCAUUUUGGGUCCUGUUGGUUCUGAAUGAAAAAAAAAAAUAUCCUACUUCCUGUGAGGCCUUUUUAAGUGUGCAUGAAUUUCCUGUGUGGAUGACACCAUGUAUCAGGGUAGUGAUCUCACUUUGUCCGCCUGCGAGAUACUACUAAAAUUACCAAGUCCCAAAGAUCUACCUUAUACUAUAAAUACAGGAAACAUAUAUUUAUCAUGUUUAUAAAUAUGAGUAUUUAUGUACAUUAUUUUUCAUUAUGCAAGUCAAAAUGAU